AUGAGUGAAGAAACAGCCCCUGAAGAAAAGCCGAGUGAGGUAACAUUCGCUUCUACCUAUAGUUUAGUCAUUUGUUUCUUUCUCCCUCACCAUUUUCUGUCUUUUAGCUCACCGAAGAGCAGAAACUGGCGCUCAAGUUUCCGGGGAAGAAACCAGUUGCCACUGAUAUUUUGAAAAAGAGAAUGCAGAGAGGGGUAUGAUUUUUACAGCACUUUUAAAACUCCUUUCACUCUUCAUAGACUUGUCGAAUGUCUAUCGUUUUCUGAAAUGCUGUAUCUUUCUCGUUCAGGUGAAAUAUUUUGAUUCUGGCGAUUACGCCAUGGCGAAGAGCGAGAAAAAAGUAGGUCCCGCCGCAGCGGCCAUUGGUAACAGGGGAAAAUUGCCCGUUGGAGUCGGAAAAGCCAUCCCCACACCCGAUAACAUCCCACACAGGAAAACGUCUGUGCCUAGUAAGUUGGUGGAAGGCCAAGAGCAGCCGCCAGUGGCGGUAACACGGUAG